CAAGGUCACUCUUCAGAUCUCUCCAGGAAAGCUAGUUUUUGACAUGGCAGUAUGAAACUCCAAAACCGAAUUUAUUAAUUUCACCAAGGUUGGAGGUGAUCUCAAAGUAUGAUUCCCAAACCACGAAAGUGAUUUGAAAGUAUGAUUCCGAAACUUACAUGUAAAGUAUAAACCUAAUUUUCUAAAUCUCUCUGUUCCGGUCAUACAAUUUAACAAAACUUGACAGUAAUAAUACGAGUACUAUUGGUAGUUUACUUCACCCUUUCAAUGAAGAAAAAAAAAAAAAAACAGAGCAAGCUUUGGCAUUUAUUACGAAUUCGAGGGAAUAAAGUUGAGUCCUUUUCUGCUCGAACCGGAUCGAUUCUGCAUCCGGUUCGUUCCCCGGCGACAGUCAGCAGCCUCUCUCCACGCCAAUGAUAUACACGUUGACGAGAGUUUCGCUUCUCGGCUCUACCCGUAAGCUACGCUAUUCUUCUUCUUCUUCUUCUUCUUCUUGUUUUUCAUAUGAUUCUCUGAGAUGUCUCCAUCCUCUGUUGAGAAAUCUGAGCACAUCUGCUCAAAAAUUGGGUUUUGGAAACCCUAAUUACGGAUAUCCGAUGGGCAAUUCUUCACAUCACAUUGGCGGCGAUGUAAAUGGGUUUAACGUUGGGUUUCACCAGAAUUCAUAUGAGCAGAGCUUAAACCCAGAAACUUGCCCUGUUUCUGGGCAGAAUCCGAGUAGGGUUUAUCAAAACUGUUCCAACGGAUACAAUCAGAACCAGAAUAGGAGUUAUGGGGAAAGUAGUGAAACUUUUAACCAGAGACAACAACAUUGGCAAAGUAGUUGCUCUUCGUAUGGUACUGGCAGUGGUGUUCUUCUACAAGAGAAUGCUGGUAGUGGUAGUAAUCAUUUUCAGCAAGAUUAUAGUGGUCAUAACUCGUUGGAAGAAUUGGAUGCGAUUUGCAGAGAAGGGAAUGUGAAAACUGCGCUUGAUAUCAUUCAAUCAUGGAGAAAUGAGGGUUAUUUUGUGGAUUUACCCAGACUUUUGUGGAUAGCAGAGCUUUGUGGGGAUGCACAAGCUUUACAAGAAGCCAAAGUUGUUCAUGAGUUUAUCACUUCUUCCGUUGGGAUUUCAGAUAUCAGGGCCUACAACUUGAUAAUAGAAAUGUACUCUGGUUGUGGCUCUGUGGAAGAUGCAUUAACCGUUUUCAAUAGUAUGCCUGUGAGAAGCUUAGAAACUUGGUGUGCUAUUAUUAGGUGUUUUGCAAAGAAUGGGCUAGGGGAAGAUGCCGUUGAUAUGUUCACUCGUUUUAAAGAAGAAGGGAACAGACCCGAUGGUGAGAUAUUCAAAGAGAUCUUCUUUGCGUGUGGUUUUGUUGGUGAUAUUAACGAGGGACUGUUGCACUUUGAGUCGAUGAUCAAAGAGUAUGGAAUUAUCCCUUCUAUGGAACAUUACGUGAGUCUUGUUAACAUGUUGGCGGCACCUGGUUAUUUAGAUGAAGCCUUGAGUUUUGUUGAAUCGAUGGAACCACAUGUCGAUUUGUGGGAAACACUGAUGAAUCUAUCAAGGGUUCACGGGGAUGUAAUGCUUGGCGACCGGUGUCAAGAUAUGGUUGAGCAGCUUGAUGCAAGUAGAUUGAACAGAGAGUCAGGGGCGGGUCUUGUACCGGUCAAAUCAUCAGACUUGAUAAAAGAAAGGUUACAGAGAAUGGCGAAAGAGCCAAAGCUUGGAAUUGGACCUAUGGCAGCUGGAGAUAUUUCUCGUCUAGAGAACAGAGAAUACUAUAUGGCGUUGAAGAGUUUACAUGAGCAUAUGGUAGAAAGUGGUUAUGUACCCGAGUAUAAAAUUGCAUUGCACGACGUGGACCAAGAGAGCAAAGCCGAAAACCUUUUUAAUCAUCACGAGAGGCUCGCUUUCGUCUGGAAGUUUCUCAACACUCCUGUGCGAUCUGAAAUACGAGUCCUGAAAAAUUUGCGUGCUUGCGUUGAUUGCCAUAACGCACUGAAGUUGAUGUCGACAAUAGUUGGGAGAGUGUUGAUUUCUCGAGAUGCAAAGAGAUAUCACCAUAUGAAAGAUGGUGUUUGCUCUUGUGGAGAGUACUGGUAACAUGUUUAAACACACAGGACCAAAACAUAUUUGGGGUUCGUAUGGUUUUCUUGAUUAAUUUCAUUAGUAUUCUUUGC